AUGUCCUGCUACGACAUCUGCCGCCCCUGCGGACCCACCCCGCUGGCUAACAGCUGCAACGAGCCCUGUGUCAGGCAGUGCGAGGACUCCCGCGUCGUCAUCCAGCCUCCUGCCGUGCUGGUCACCCUGCCAGGACCCAUCCUCAGCUCCUUCCCCCAGAACACCGCCGUUGGAUCCUCCGCAUCAGCUGCCGUGGGCAGCAACCUCAGCGCCCAGGGAGUGCCCAUCUCUGGAGGCGGCUUCGGAGGCUUUGGCCUUGGAGGCUUUGGCUUUGGGGGCUAUGGCUUGGGAGGCCUGGGCUGCUUCUCUGGCAGAAGAGCCUGCUACCCCUGCUAAGGACCCACGCCAACACCCCUGACAGCAGCCUCCAACACCGUGC